UAUAUUAUUGAACCCCCUCAAGUCAUUCUCCAUCACCAGUUUCCUCGUUAACCAUAUCACGCUUUCUUCAGUCAUGCCUUCUUCAGAUUCUUCAUCAUCACCCCACUAUCUUCAAUCCCUUCUUUCUUCAGCUCGUCCUUUUCUUCGAGGUGAACUCGAAUGCAUUGACAAGAAUUUACCUUCCCUUGUUGCUGUCUUGCGUUCUGUUGGUGCAGGUGAGUGUUGGCAUAAGCAUGGAAGUUUUCUUGACCAUCUUGUUGAUAUUUAUCGGAUUUUAAAGAUUUGGAAAGCGCCAGGCUGCGUUUGUCUAUGUGGGCUUUUUCAUUCUGCUUAUUCUAACUCUUAUGUGAAUCUUGCCAUAUUUGAUCCCAACACUGGUCGUGAUGUUGUUCGUGGCCAUGUUGGUGAAGCUGCAGAGCGAUUGAUUCACUUGUUUUGUAUCGUACCGCGUCAGCCUUUGAUUCAUGAUGAUCUUUUGUUUAAGUAUUCUGAUGGAGAACUUGUUGAACAUCUUAAAUUGUCUGAAAUUUCUUUGCGAAAUGCUAAAGAGAAAGGCCUGUUCAACGGAGAGGAAGGUUGGAGGAAAAAGAUCAAUGCUUUAUUGCCUGAAAAUGGAAUCACAGUGAAGCAUAUCAAAACUGGGGAAGAUGUAUUGGUUACAAGAAGAGUUGUGGCAACUUUUCUGAUGAUGACAAUUGCAGAUUUCAGUGACCAACUCUUUGGUUUUCAGGAUUUCCUAUUUGAUAACUUUGAUGGUCGGCUUGAAUUUGUGGGGAAUAGUUAUUCUUCUUUGUGGCCUGGAGAUGGGAAGCCUGGACUCUGGAUGAAUUCAUCAUCAAGAAUGGGUGCUAUAUAUAGUUUGAUUGUCAGAGAGGAAGAGAUUUUCAUUGAAGAGAGGAAGAGGGCUGGUGGAGUUGAGGUUGAUAAAGGUAGAGAUGAGGACAUAGAACUAGUGAUACCACCAGUAUUUGAGAAUUGCACAAAAGUUUUGUGUGCAAAUGAACAGAUAGAGGGAAGAGACCUGUACUGGAAAGCUGUUUGUGAUGGGAACACAAAGGGGUUGGACAAAGCUGAGGAGCUAUUAUUGAAGUGCAUUGAGAAGAACCCAUUUAUUGGCGAGCCACAUGUGGUAUUGGGUCAGAUUUAUUUGUCUAAAGGAAGGUUUGAGGAAGCAGAGAAAGAGGCUGAGAAAGGGUUAACUCUGUUGUUGGAAUGGGCAAGUCCUUGGGAUAAAAGAAUGUCCUGGGAAGGCUGGAUUGCUUGGAAUAGAGUUCUGUAUAUGAAGGCUAAAGAAAAGUCUUGGCCAGAGACUUCAUGGGGCAUUCUCAAUUUGGGGCUCGUGAGGUAAUUAAAACGUUGAUUGGAUUGAUAUGUUCUUCCAGCCGGCACUAUUUUAAUUUGCUAAACUAUAAAUAAAGUUUUCCCUGUAGUUGCGAAGCAGUCUCAGUGUGUACUUAAUAAUGUAAGGUGCAGCCUGUAGGCAGCACGAAUCAUGCGAGAUGUAAGGUUUAAGAUUUACAUUAUUAGGAAUGAAAACAUUCCUGUUUGUUAA